CGUGUGCACGCGUCCAAAGGGACCAAGGCGACGGUUAGGCGUAGGGCGAUGGCGAGGGCGAGGGCGACAACGAGGUAAGCGUGCAGCCCCUCGUGUCCGUCGGGCGCGCUCCUCUCACGCUGUUGUUAUGAUCGCGUCGCGGGGGGCCCUCGUCUCAUUGGCCCGCCGCCAGCGCAUCGCGACAACGCCCUCUGCCGUCAUUUAGUAUGCUCGUUGCCCGCCGAACUCCUGCACCCCGACUGCCUUUCACGCUGUGUUUCAGAAACUCUUCGUCCAACAUGGCUCCCCCAACCCUGCAGCACGCAAAUGACUUUCUGGACUUUGUCAACGCCUCGCCCACUCCCUUCCACGCCACCGACUCGGCCAAACAGCGUCUGGAGAAGGCUGGCUUCACUCAGAUCAAAGAACGGGACCCGUGGUCGUCGACCCUCAAGCCGGGCGGCAAGUACUACCUCACCAGGAACUCCUCGUCCAUCGUCGCCUUCGCCAUCGGUAAGAAAUGGAAGGCCGGUAACCCCAUCGGCAUGAUCGGCGCACAUACCGACUCGCCCUGCCUUCGUAUCAAGCCCGUGUCCAAGAGGCAGAGCGAUGGAUUCCUUCAGGUCGGCGUUGAGACGUACGGCGGCGGUCUUUGGCACACUUGGUUCGACCGCGAUCUCAGCGUUGCCGGAAGGGUCAUGGUCAAGACGAGCGAUGGUGGGUUCCAACAGAAGCUAGUCAAGGUGGACAGGCCCAUCCUGCGCGUGCCCACCCUGGCUAUCCACCUUGAUCGCCAACAAAACUUUGAGUUCAACAAGGAGACUCAGCUGUUCCCGAUUGCCGGUCUUGUGGCUGCGGAGCUCAACAGGCAGGGCAAGACCGAGGAGAAGGCCGAGGAGAAGGAGAAUGACACAUUCAACCCUCUCCAGACUGUCACGGAGAGGCACCACCCAUACGUUGUCGAGAUCAUUGCGGAGGAGGCUGGUGUCAAGGCCUCUGACAUUAUGGAUUUUGAGAUAGUGCUUUACGACACCCAGAAAUCUGUCAUUGGCGGCUUGAACAACGAGCUCAUCUUCUCUGCUCGUCUCGACAACCUUAUGAUGUCUUUCUGCAGCGUCGAGGCUAUUAUCGACUCUCUCUCCGAUGCCUCCGCUUUGGACAACGAUCCUACCAUCCGCCUCAUUGCUCUUUUCGAUCAUGAGGAAAUUGGUUCGCAGACUGCUCAGGGUGCUGACAGCAACCUUCUCCCCGCCGUGAUCAGACGUCUUUCGGUCGUCCCGAGCUCCGAAUCGGACUCGGACAAGUCUUACGAUAAGAUGCACGACCUCGAGAGCGCAACGGCGUUUGAGCAGACCCUCUCGACGUCGUUCCUCAUCUCCGCCGAUAUGGCGCACUCCGUCCACCCCAACUACCCUGCCAAGUAUGAGGGUAGCCACCGCCCGGAGAUGAACAAGGGUACUGUCAUCAAGAUCAACGCCAACGCCCGCUACGCAACCAACAGUCCUGGCAUCGUUUUGCUUGAAGAAGUUGCACGGCGCGCACGCAAGGCCAGCACCAACGUCAAUGCCACCAGUGCCGAGGGCGUCCCGCUUCAGCUGUUCGUGGUGCGCAACGACUCCAGCUGCGGCAGCACCAUUGGACCAAUGCUGGCGGCGAAGAUGGGCGCCAGGACGCUUGAUCUGGGCAAUCCCCAGCUGAGUAUGCACAGUAUUCGUGAGACCGGAGGCGCGCACGAUGUCGAACAUGCCAUCAACUUGUUCUCAAGCUUCUUUGAGCACUUUGGAGAGCUGGAGAAGAAGAUUUUUGUUGAUUAGAUGCAUGAGACGAGACGAUGAGAUAUGAUCAGAUGAAGAUGAGCUAGCAACAGUAGACCAUAGUAUAGGAGUUCACUCGCUAGCAGGAUUGACAAUCUAUCUUGUGCUUUAUGUGGCAG